CACACAUGUCAAAAUGGCGACACCCGGAAAAAUGAAUCUGUCAAUUUUUAACCUUUUGGUGAUUUUAAGUCUUACGACUGCAACUUGGAAUACUAAUGACUAUCUGAAGCGAGAACACUCAUUAGUGAAGCCAUUUCAAGGAGCUGGCAUGAAUAUUCCUCUAUGGGACUUCCUUGGGACAACAAUGGUGACCAGCAACUACAUUCGUCUAACACCUGACAGGCAGAGUACCCAGGGGGCAAUCUGGAACUCUGUGCCCUGCAGAGUAAAGAACUGGGAACUCCAUGUGCAGUUCAAGGUUCACGGAUCGGGUAAAAGUCUGUUUGGAGAUGGAUUCGUUGUUUGGUAUGCCAGGGAUAGACUCGAGCUGGGCCCUGUGUUUGGGAGCAGAGAUCGAUUUGUUGGCCUCGCCAUCAUAGCAGAUACUUACAGCAACCACAAUGGACCACAUAAUCAUCAACACCCAUAUAUCUCAGCCAUGGUUAACAAUGGAACAAUGAAUUACGACCAUGACAGGGACGGCACACACACUGAGCUCGCUGGCUGUUCCUCACUCUUUAGAAACAAGGACUAUGAUACAUACCUGGCCAUCAGAUAUGAGGGCUCUACAAGUAAACUUAAGGUGUCUAUGGAUAUUGAUGGUAAGAAUGGCUGGACGGAGUGUUUCACUGUGGACGGUGUCAGGCUGCCCCUGGGCUACUACUUUGGAGUCUCUGCCGCAACUGGACAACUUGCCGAUAACCAUGAUAUAAUGUCCUUGAAACUCUAUGAGCUUGAUGUUCCUGAGACGGAGGGAGACAAGCCAUUCACUGGAUUACCUGAGGCAGAUUUUUUUGCUUCACCGAGAGAUCAUGUUGAGGAUCCCAAGGGUGGAUUUAUGUCUGGUGGGGGUGGGGGAGGCUGGUCAGGGAUCAAAAUAUUCUUUGUAAUUUUACUCGUUAUUAUCGGAAUCAUUGUGUGUGGAGCUGUGGCGUAUGUUAUAUUCAACAGAGACGACCCUUCGAAACGAAAACGGUUUUACUAGAACAGUGCAUUUCAGUGUUAAAAAAUAAAUGUUCAAUUGUACUUGAUAAAAGAUUUUCUUAAGGUUAAAACCUGUGUAAAUGUGGUUUGCAAAUGUUUAUGUCAGUGAUCUUGAUGCAAGACAACAUUUGGAUAGAUGGAAGAAAUAUAGUGAAGGGAAUUGAAUGUUUAAAAGUUUUAGAUCAAAUUUUAUAGUGGCCUAACAAACCUGUUAUAUAUUUUUUAUUCACUGUGACAGUAAUACUAAAUAUCCUGUUUGAAAUUAUUAUAGUUAGGGUUAUAAACGAAGCUAUCUGUUGAGAAACACUUGACAUAAUCAUACCUAUUUAAUUAUAUAUUUGCAAACAUGUAUAUGGAGUGUGCAGUGCAUCUUUUAUUUCACUUACACACUAGUGUGACUGUUUAAGAGAAUAUUAAACUAUAUUGCAUUUUCUCGCCAGCUUUUGUGGUAGUGGAUAGCGCUUCCAUCCAGGCACAUUGUUAUGUUCAUUCAUGGCCUUAGAUUCAUUGCAGAUAUAAAUGUUCUGAGGUCUUAUAAUGUCAUUACCAGUCAUAUAAUGUACCAUGUCAUGUUUGUUGUUUGGUAAAUGAUUUGUACGUGAUUAUACAUGUUAUUUUAUUCUGUUGAGUGUUGUGCAGCUUGUAUAAUUGUACGGAUGUUUGGGAAAAGAUUUAACAUUGUGCAUGUAUCAGGGGUUCUUAAGUUCAGGUUUAAUUCUAAAAUCAGGAUACAGAGCUUUUAGCUUCAGGCUAUUGUACAGUUGUAAAGAUUGUUUUUCUGUUCAGAUAUUUGCAUCAAAAACAGUCGUUGAAAUGAUUAUUAAAAACUUUGGGCAUUAAAACCUGAUACGGUACCCAAACAGACCCUUGACUAUUUCCCAGGAUUGAUACUAAGCAGCUGGAAGAACCCCUGAUUUAUGUAACAGUUGUAAAAUUCAGGUAUUUUUGGUAUUUUCUUGUACUAAAGAUUGUUUUGAUAGAUCAGUCACGGUUAUUUAUCAAAUUCCUGAAAGUUAGUUGAAUGUUACUCAUUGCAUGUCAAACUUUUUAUCAAUUUUAUUGUAAUUCUUGGCUUUAAAACAUGUAUCUGUGGAGGGCGAGAGUGGUAAAGUGUUCCCCUCCGGGUACUCUAAAGGUUGUGGGUUUGAUCCCCACUAAGGUGAAAGUGGCCUUCCGGUCAAGAUGUCCACCACUCGCACAAGAGGUUGUGGAGUUGAUCUAAACCAGGAUGAGAGUGGUCUAGUGGUAAAGGUGUCUGAUACUCACUUUAUAGGGUUUGUGGGUUUGAUCCCCACAAGGCCCCUGGAAUCGCCACCAGUACUAAUUACUACCCAGUAAACAGAUUCAGAAGCUAAUAUAAUUUAGUUCAAACCAUUGGUUGAAAUGGCUUGUAGUAGUAAGUUGUUCAUUUUAUUAAGCAUAUUGAACUUGAUGUAAAUUGGUGUGAAAUCCAUGAAAAAAACCAGUGCUAUUAUCUGUAUGUAUUUACAUGUUAUGAAAGUGACUCAAAUAACACAUGUUUUUGUUAAUGGCUGUAAGUAAAGUAGCGCAAUAAAGAAACUAAGAAUGCAAAAUAUACCAGUUCAAUCAAGAAAUUACUUGGUAUGACUUGAUUCUGAAAUUUGUUGCUUGCUUGCACAGAGUACUUCUCUGUAUAACAGUUUCAUUUAUGCAUAUUUAAAUUGAGAUGAAAAUCAAGUAGCCAUUAAACAAUUUGACAUUAUUUAAGACUAAUUUUGUUUUGGUAUUAUGAACAGUUUCUUUUUUCCGCUAGUGUAUUUUGUAAAAAUGUAAUUAUUCUGCUGGUCAAUAAGAUUAUAUGUAUAAAAGGCUAUCAGCUUUAUUUUUAAUGUCUUUUCUUUGACAUUGUUUGAAAGCACUUUAACAUACCAUAUUAGUUUUAUGUAUAUACUGUAUAAUUUUGUGAAUUAUCUUCACAUAUUAGAUUUUUAUGCCAUUAAGUGUAGGGUGCGAAUUAUGAAAUUACUACACUUUACUACAGCGCAGAUAGUAUUUUGUCUCUUGCUCAAUUUUUCAAUAUUCUAAGACCAUAUCAAACUGAUUCUAUGUUAAUUGUCUGUUUACAAUUUCAAACCCUACCUAACUGACAGGAAAAAAACACAUGAAAACAAAUCUUUUUUUUAAAAAAGGCCAAAAUAAAUGCAUUUGACCGCAGAUUCACCUAUGGAAAUCAAGAAGAACUUUUCAUAUUCAUUUGCAGGUCAUAUCACUGUUAUUUUAACAUUGAGCAGUCUUAAGAUUGAAAAAAAAAAUCUUUGCUAAAUGAAGAUUUUGGACAACAUUGUUUUUAUUCUGAAAGCUGGAAAAAUUAUGGUACCCAUCCGUUAACACUAAACAUUGAAUCAUUUUGGUAUGGCUCUAUCAUGAUAACUAUAUAUCCUCAGCUCUAUCUGGUAUUGGGAGUUGUGCUAGGGCUAUGGGUUUUAUUUAAAAAAAAAAUAUCCUUGUAUUUACCAUAAUGGGGGCCAUCUUAUGAAAGAUUGUAUUUUACGAUCUUUUCUUCAAAUCAAUAUUUCGGUUUUCGAAUAACAUCUUUCUCCAAAGAAAUGGUAGUACUUGACAAGCAACUGAUUUAUAAAGAAAAAUUGUUGAACUAUUAACACCAACAUUAUAUCACAACAUUGUAUCAUUAUGUCGUUAAAACAUAAGAUGGUCCCAUGGUAUCUCACUGUAUAUAUACAAGCAAUAACAAUGUAAACAAUGGUAUUGUUUUGUGGGACAAUGUUUUAAAAGUUGAGGCAUUACAAAUUGAAUUUUGAAUUAUACAUAUUUUUUUGACAUUUUAAUUUUCUUUACAGAAUGGUCCUUCAAAGGGACUCGCUUAAUUUUUGUCACUGUAAUGCAUCUGAAAACACUUCAUUUUUUUUGCUCUUUGAUACAGAAAUUCCAAUAUAUUUUUUGCUCUUUGGUACAGAAAUUGCAGAUAAAAAACAACUAUUAAAGUUUUAAAAACCUGGUUUUUGUGGGGAGCAAACUCAUACUGGUACUGUGAAGAAAAAAUAAGAAAACUGAAAACAAAACUGCUCACCUGCAACAACUUACAUAAUCUGAGGGAUAAUUUAACCUCUAAGCCUUCUGUUGAAAAGCGUUACUAAGCUAUUCCAAAUAGUUGACUUCAAAGACCAUAUUUGAGCAUAUGUAUUAACAUUUAUUGAAGGGUUCCAGCCAUCGGUAUCUUAGGAUAAAUAUCCAAAUGUUUGCCUCACUAUAUCUUCAUAAAAAAGUGCAUUUUACAGAACAUGAGCGAGUCUCUUUAAAUAGUAUAUUACCUUGUUAUUGCUACAUAUAGUUGUUGACUAUCAUAUACCCGAGUAAGUGUACCUGUAUCCAAAAUAUGAAUUACUUGUUUUGUUUGAUUUGAUGUCAAAAAUUCCUCACAUGAGAUUAUCAAGAUACAUUCUGUCAAUAGUAUCUCUGGCAAUUAAAUAAUGUCUGCAGCAAAAAUAAGAUGAAGUUUGUAAACUAAAAGAUUUAGGAAAAAUUUCACAUUUCCUAAUCUGCAUAUUUUGACUCCUUGCAUUACAUUUUGAUGUACUAAUUUCAUUUUGAAUUUUUAAAUGACAUUUAUAUGAGUGUAGAUAACUUUGCUUCACACAUCAAGGAAUUCAAGGACAUAGUACACUUCUUGCGUCUCUAAAUGUUUUGCACCACCAAUGGCAGCAGUUGGCAGGCACACCAGGGUGACUAAGACAAAUUGACAACUUUGUGGCCUUAAUCUUUGAGAAGGGAAUUUCAAUAAAUUGCUGUUGUCAGUUGAUCCUGGCAUCAAAACUUCCAUGAAAAUAAAAACAUCACAGUCUAUUUUCUACAUGGCUGCUUCAGAUGGCCUUUCGGGAAUCAUCUCAAUCUAAAACCAUAUAUGAAGGAGAAAAACAUUGAGAGGUGCACUAUUGUGAAAAAUAAAGGUUUACCAGGAAAACUUCUGCAAUGUUAAUAUGAAUACCUUUAGAAUUUUCGGUAUAGUUGAGUUUUAUUCAUGUACUUAUACAUUUAGUUUAGUUAUUACAGAUGGUAGGUCAGCAGAUAUCCAGGAUUAUUUUGUAUGAUAGCAUGAAAUACUGUACAUUAUAAAUUGAAUAUUGUUAUUAUUUAUGGUAAACUGAAAUAAAGCAAAUAUUUUGUUA